AUGGCAAGCGGUACAAAUUCGCCGGCAGGCUUUGCCCCGGUCCUCUCAGCCUUGAAGACCAUGCAAAGCAAUGCCGCCAGAGAUGACAAAUCUGGCGCGCAUGAAUUCCUUGAAAAGUUUCAGAAAUCAUCGGAAGCGUGGAACACCACACAUGCUAUUCUUCAGGAUUCAUCGGCCCCGUUAGAAGCAAGACUGUUUGCUGCGACCACUCUGAAGGGAAAAAUUACCUACGACCUGCAUCAACUCCCACCCGAAGCUCUUACACCUCUCCGAGAUUCCCUCCUCAGUUUGCUUCAACUAUAUACGCCGGGACCCCGACCGAUACGAACACAGCUAUGUGUAUGCCUGGCGCACCUUGCGAUCCAAUUGACGUCGUGGAAAGAUGUCUUGCGGACAGUAGGAUCGGCUGUUGGCAACAGUAGCGAUGGCGGAGAUUGUCUACUCGACUUCCUGCGAAUCCUGCCAGAAGAGGCUACAGAAGGCCGCAAGAUCAACCUUUCAGAAGAGGAACUCGCCGAUAGGACCAAGGAACUCCUGGAGGAUAAUUCCACUCAGGUUCUGAACCUUUUGGUCUCUUACGCUCAGUCAUCAACCCAGGCAGCCCAUAACCCACGACUCUACGAAUGUAUCGCAUCAUGGCUUAGGGAAAUUCCAACUUUGGACGUUCUUAACUCACCUCUGUUGAAUGAAAUCAUGGAUGCUCUGCAAGACAGCGAUUCCUUCGAAGCGGCAGUGGAUUGCCUAAGCACCAUGUUCAGAGAUACCAGGGACAUCGACGAGUCACAGAGUGCCAUCAGAAUUCUUUACCCCAGAGUGGUCAAAUUAAGACCUAUGAUUGCCGAAGCCGCCAAAACCGAAGACAACGAUCUCAUGAAAGGCAUCACGAGACUCUUUGCCGAAGCUGGUGAGGCGUGGGUUAUCCUCAUCGCACGCAUGCCGCGCGACUUCCGAGAACUAGUCGAGUGCAUCCUUGAAUGCUGCAUGCGGGACAAAGACAGAGAUGCUAUCGCCGUCACAUUCAUGUUCUGGUACGAACUCAAGCAGAUUCUGACGCUUGAAAAAUACAUGCCAGCCAGGACUGCCCUUGCAGAUCUCUUCUCCAAACUCGUCGACGUCAUGAUCAAGCAUCUUGAAUUCCCUACGCCAGAGAACGGCGAUGAGAAAGAUCUGUUCGAUGGUGAUCGGGAAGCAGAGGACAAAUUCCGCAGUUUCAGGCACAGUAUGGGCGAUGUUUUGAAGGACUGCUGUGAAGUUAUUGGUGUAACCCAAUGCUUAACCAAAGCCUUCGCCCAGAUCCAGUCCUGGGGUCAAACUUACGGUCCGCAAGUCUCGGGCACCACUGUGCCGCACUGGCAAGAGCUUGAAGCGCCUCUGUUCAGUCUGAGGGCCAUGGGUCGUAUGGUCAGUCCAGAAGAGAGCACUGUGCUUCCACAAUUCAUCCCUCUCCUCACUUCCGUGCCGGAUCACGAAAAACUCAAGUUCCAAGCAAUCAUGGCACUAGCUCGUUAUACUGAGUGGACAGCUCAACACCCUGAAACACUCGAGGCACAGCUCAACUAUGUCAUCUCGGGCUUCGCUCACCCGUCGCAAGAAGUUGUACAGGCAUCAGCAUUGGCUUUCAAGUUCCUAGGCACCGACUGCCAGAAACUACUGGGUGACCACAUCUCACAACUCCAUCAUUUCUACGAGAGUGUCCUUGACAAGCUCAAACCAGCGAGUCAAGAAGAGGUCACGGAGGGAGUCGCCGCGGUGGUUGCUGUACAACCAGUCAACAAGAUUUAUGAGAGCAUGAAGCUGUUCGUCGAUCCUGUCAUGCGGCGCGUGGUAUCCCUGGCGUCACAAGCAACCGAUGAAAAUGCCGAGAAGAGCGUGGCAGACUAUCUCCAGCUCGUCAACAUCUUUUUUGAAUGGGUUCAACCCUACGUCUCCCCUUCUGAGGAGAACCCUGCGGUGAAAUAUUGCCAAGAAGUUCUUCCGGCUCUCUCACAGAUCGCAAAGCACUUCACUCGUUCAAUGCCAAUACUGGAGAGAGUCUGCAAGUGCUGGCGGACCAUGGUUGUCUCAUACCGAACUGCCACGGCACCUCUCCUCCCCACUCUUGCAACCAGUAUUGCUGAGGGCUUCGCAGCCUCGCGGCAGGGCUGCUUUUUGUGGGCUACGGACGCCGUCAUUCGAGAGUUCUCCUAUGGUGCCGAAUUCGUCGAUGAGGCCACAAGCGACAAUGUCUAUCAGUUCUUUGCUCAGCAGGCGACUGUCUUCUUCAGGAUUCUGUCAGAAUUGCAACCUGUCGAGCUCCCUGAUGUGAUUGAGGACUUCUUCCGGCUAGCUUCCGAUGCAGUGCGAUUUUACCCAAAGAAGACAAUCACAUCCAGUCUCGCCUUGCCGAUGGUGCAAGCUUCAUUAACAGCUCUAACAUUGACAUUGCUGGAGCCGGUACAAGCGACGUUGCAUUUCCUGAGAGACUUCCUGGAUUUUGGGUUUGAGAGACCACCAGUGUCCAGUUUCAGUGGGCCAGACGGAGAACCUGCCCCUGAAAAUUCUCUCGAAGUUCGAGCCGCGGUAAGACAGGUUAUCAAUUCAGUGGGUCAGGAGCUGGUGCACCGAGUCUUGACGGGCAUGAUGUUCAGCUUUCCGGAGGACUGCUUUCCAGACGCCUCUGGCAUCCUACUCUCUCUCUUCAACCUAACACCGCAAGCCGCUGCUCAAUGGGUGCAGGGCACACUGCAAGCACUGCCAGCUGGAACGCUCAAGCCAGCAGAAGCAACCAAGCUGAUGCGGAGCAUCGGCGACAAACUUCAGCAAAACGAGCCACGUAAGGUACGGGUGCUGCUGCAGGAUUUUACGAACUCGUACCGAAGGCGGAAUGUGGCGCCUCGCGAAGGGCUAGGGAGGUUGGAAGCAGCAAGAUUCAAGUUCAGCGGAUAA